AUGUGUGAGACCAGUGAGCGUUUAGGUGUUUCAUUGCGGCCACCUUCAGCCUUCCCACACCGGGAAGCCGGGAAAACGCUGGAUGUAACAGAGUUACUGCAUGGAUCAGGAGGGGACGAAGGUGACAAUCCCCUACCUGAGAGAGUCCAUCUUCAGGCUAACGUCCAACUUGGGCCCAGCAGAACGGCUCCCGCAAAGAAGGGUAGCGAGAAGAAGGGCUGUUCUGCCAUCAACGAGGUGGUGACCCGAGAAUACACCAUCAACAUUCACAAGCGCAUCCAUGGAGUGGGCUUCAAGAAGCAUGCCCCUAGGGCACUCAAAGAAAUCUGGAAAUUUGCCAUGAAGGAGAUGGGGACUCCAGAUGUGCGCAUUGAUACCAGGCUCAAUAAAGCCGUCUGGGCCAAAGGAAUAAGGAAUGUUCCAUACCGUAUCUAUGUACAUUUGUCUAGAAAACGUAAUGAGGACGAGGACUCACCAAACAAGCUCUACACAUUAGUAACUUACGUACCUGUUACCACAGUCAAAAAUCUACAGACAGUCAAUAUGGAUGAGAACUAAGCUGCUGAGUGUCAA